AGAAAUUAUUUUGAAUUGAAACGAAGAAACAAACGUACAUUGGAAAUGAAAGAUCUGAGAAUGUUCCAAGGUUUUAAUAGCUCGGCCAGAGUCCUAUUGAUUUUCUCUUCUCAUGGUUUGGUUAAUCAGGAUUUUAGCAACCAGAUUUAUUUGAGUCGCAGUUUCAAAUACGGGAGGAUGGGCGGCGCCGGCAUGGGAGGGACGUGCGGCGCAGGCCGGCAUGCGUGGAAUCGGCCGGAGGUAGCUUGCUUAGAUGAGUGAACUUGAAAGGGAGAUGAUCAGACUAAAAAUGAGAUAAGAAUUUGACACACAGAAUCCGGUCCAAACGGUACAUUGACGAUGACGGAGAGCCCGGGUCAAGGCUGACUUGUAAUAAGUUGAUACGCGUCUUCCCCGUGGUGUUUGGAUGAAUUAGUGAAGAUUCUUGAAUGCAGGAAGUCAAUGCCGAGGAUGAUUUUACCAGUUUUCUUUCAUGUUGAUCCAACUGAUAUUGAACAACAGACUGGUUCGUUUGGAGAUGCGUUUUGGAAGCUCAAAGAACUUCACAAUAAGAGUAUGAAUACGUGGAGAAAUGCUUUGAAGGAGGCUGCCUGUAUUUCUGGACGGGAUUCAACGCAUCACAGGCCUGAUUCCAAGUUAGUUGAGGUAGUUGUGAAAGAUGUGAAAGACAUUUUGAAUAAAUUAUACCAGAUGUCCCCUGUUGAGACUAGCGGGUUUGUCGGAGUUGAAUCGAGCAUUCAAGAAAUUGAAUCGCUAUUAUUCAAUGGGAAAGAAGGUGUUCAGUUUGUAGGAAUUUGGGGGAUGGGGGGCAUUGGUAAAUCAAUUCGCGCUGAAGUGUUAUACCAUCGCAGUUAUAGUAAAUUCGAUGGUUGCUGCUUUCUUGCCAAUGUUAGAGAAAAUUUAGACAGGCACGGCCCUAUCUCUUUACUGGAAAAACUCAUUUCCAGAAUUUUGAAGAAUGAAACAGUACAUAUUGAAAGUUAUAAUGUGCUACCUGAAUCAAUUAAGCUUAGGCUUCGAAACAGGAAGGUUCUGAUUGUUCUUGAUGAUGUCAAUGACGUAACCCAGUUGGAUUGUCUAGUGGGUAAUGGUGAUUGGUUUGCUUCUGGAAGUAGGAUCAUCAUAACAAGCAGGGAUCAUCAAGUUCUCAAUAGCAAAGUUGAUGAAAUAUACAAGGUUGAAGGAUUGUGUUACUAUGAUGCUCUUCAAUUAUUCAGUUUGAAUGCUUUCAACCAAAAACAUCCUUUCUUAGAUUAUAUGGAGCUGUCAGAAAGAGCAGUAAAUUAUGCCAAAGGUGUUCCAUUAGCUUUAAAAGUUUUAGGCUCCCAUCUGCGUAAAAGGUCUCUGGACGAAUGGGAAGCAUCACUGGAUAAACUGACGCAAACACCAGAUUCGAAUAUCCAAAAAGUCCUAAAAAUAAGUUAUGAUGAGCUAGAAAAGAGACAGAAGGAUAUAUUUUUAGACAUAGCUUGUUUCUUCAAAGGAUAUAAAAAAAAUCGGAUAGAAAAUAUUUUGAGUAGCAGCGAUCAUAAUGCUAGAUGGGGAAUCAUUCGUCUUGUCGAUAAGUGUCUUGUAUCUAUUGUGGAUGACCAAGUAGAGAUGCAUGAUUUGAUACAGGAAAUGGGAUGGGAAAUUGCCGAGGAGAGUCACAUUAGAUUGUGGAAAACCAAAGACACUUGCAGAUUAUUGGCUGCUAAUACAGGAAAGGAGACAAUUGAAGGUAUGUUCUUAAAUAUGCAUGAAGUUGGAAGCAAAGUCUAUUUGAAAGCUGAUGCCUUCUCAGGGAUGGAUAACCUCAGAAUACUCAAAUUUUUUAUGUCUUCUUCUGGUAACCUUAAAACCGAAGAUGCAGGCAUCUUUCUAGAGCUUUCUUGGUCUAAUUAUUUUCAGCAUUUCCUAUCAAAAAAUAGAAAUAGUUUUCACUGUCUUCCCAACAAGUUGAGUUUACUCCAUUGGGAAAAAUACCCUUGCAGUGCUUUGCCGUAUAAUUUUGGAGUUGAAAACCUUGUGGAACUUGAUCUUUCCAAAAGUCAAUUGGAACAACUUUGGGAUGGAGAUAAGUGUCCUCGAAAGUUAAGGCGUCUAUGUCUUACAAACUGCGUUAACCUGAAAAAUCUUCCAAAUCUAUCUUCAGCUUUGGAUAUGGAAAUGAUAGAUCUUAGAGUCUGUAAGAGUUUGCUCGAGAUUCCCUCGUACAUUCAGUACUAUGUCAACCUCAAUAGUCUUGAUCUAUCCCAAUGCAAUGAGCUAAGGAGUAUACCGAGUCUAGUUGGGUUAAAAUCUCUGAAAUAUCUAGAUCUCUGUGGCUGUUAUUGUUUGAAGAUUCUUCCAUUGAUUCCAAGAGGAAUAGAAGUGUUAAAGAUAGAUGAGUGUGGAUUGGAAGACUUUGAGGAAAUGAAAGAGUGGUUUGCAUCUCUUAAAUCGCUCCCUAAUCUUCGUCUCUUAUCUAUGAGUAACUGCAAAAACCUGGUAACCCUUCCAAGCCUUGCGCAUUUGAAGUCCCUUAAAUUUCUUGAUCUGUCCAGAUGCUCAAACUUAAAGACGCUUCCAGAAAUUCCUCAAGGCAUUGAAUUCUUACAUCUCAAUGAUUCUGGGUUGGAAGAAUUGAGUUCAUCUCUUCUAGUUGAGCCUCACAAUCUUGAAGAUCUCUAUGUGAGUAGUUGCGAAAACCUGACGGAUUUUCCAGACAGUCAAAUUCAAAUUUUCAAUGGAUGCUCAACACUGGGGGAAUUGCCUGUAUUAAUAUAUGGUUUGUUUUCUUUAAGAGAGCUCUAUCUAGAUGGGACUGCACUUGUAGAAAUACCCAGUUGUUUUAUCUCCUUACCAUCAUUGAGAAAAUUGAGUCUUAAUAACUGCAUGAGGCUCCAAGCUUUGCCUGAGCUUCCAGAGCAAUUAAGACAACUCCAAGCAGUAAAUUGUCAGUCUCUCGGGUUUGCAAAAUCACCAUCUAUACAGGCUCCUGAAAAAUCCUCAUUCGAACUCAAUUAUGCUGACUGGUUUGAGGAUACUGCAUUUAAAUUCAAUUACUGUAAUUGCGUAAAUUUGGUGUGCAACGACAUCGUAGCAGAUGCGAUGUUGAGAAUUAACAGUAUAGCCACAGCCAGCGAGUACUUUGAUUACAUUGUUUGUUUUCCUGGAAGUGAGAUCCCACGGGAAUUCGAAUGUCGAAAGUCGGGAUCUUCAGUAUCUGCUGACAUGCCGCCAUAUUACCAUGAUAAGGGGGUGGACUUUGCUUUUUGUGCAGUUGUAGAAUUUGAGGAUCUUCUUGUAGUGGAGAGCCUCUCUUUUUUAAUUCUCGAGUGUCAUGUCUACGGAAAGAGACGGGGUGUGGAUGUAUUUGAUGACAGAAUAGCUGGCCAUCUUGAAGUUGGGGAUGUCAAAUGUAAUCUCCAAUCUGAUCAUGUGUUCAUUUGGUACAGCGCUGAUAAGUAUUUUUGGGAUGCUGACGAACUGUCGUUCGAGUUUAGUGCCAUUUUUUCUUCAAUUUCAGGAAAAUUGAAAGUAAAGAAGUGUGGGACACGCAUAACGUCAUCACUCGCUUGAUCUGCCUUUUAUUUAGCGAUGAUAACAUCAGUAGUUUCAACUUGUCACUUGAUCCAUGCUUCGGAUUAAAAAUACCCGGGAUUCAAAUUCAUGUCUUAAAAGUAAGUCGGAACAAAUAGCUGUCUGUUUCUUUUAAAAUAAAUGCAGGUUCUUAAAAUGUGAUCCCGUAAACACUCUUUGGUGCUGUCGAGGAGAGCACAAUCUGAAGUUCCUCCAGAAAUGGCCGCUUUUGCAGUGGACAUGGCAGUGGAAACUAAAUCAUGGUCUUACUGCUGUAGGCUACAGGGCGAACUGAACUAGAUCAUGGUGUUAGAGCUGAACUUUUGUGGACUUCUUGGGGGUAACCAUGGAUGCAUAAGAAAGAUUGAUGCUAAGGACGGACUUUGCGGAAUCGCUAUCGAACCCUUUAAUCCAACAAAAUAAAGUAGCAGCAAAGAGGGUAAAAUGUAUAACUGGAAAGACUCAUUUUGUUGUGUAUUAUGUUGUUUUGUUCUAUCAAAUCUUGUAUUAAAGUAUGCUAUAUCUAGCAGCGGAACACAGCGGAAACUUUUUUUAUUUUAAACAAAAUAGGCAGGAUUGUAAUGGUUUCAGAGUUAGAAGGUCAGCCAGUGCUGUCGAGAAAGCAGAGAUAGACUAAAAAUUAAGCCCGGACCGAGAUAAAUUUUUGGAUCAGCCGCUAGCUACUCGUAAAAAAAAACAUUUUACCGUUUUCUAUA